ACGAGCGUGUGAGCUUUGACUUCGUCUUCUCCAGAGAGAAGAAUGAGAACGAAAGAAAGAACGCAGAAACACGACAAAUCCCCCGAAAUGCCCCUAGAAUCUACCAUACUCCCACUCUCUUCAAAUUCAAUCCAACCUAUCUUCAAAGUCUUCAAACCAAGAAGAAAAUAUUGGCUCCCACUUUCCCUCAGUCUUCUGUCUAGAUUCUUCACAGCAUGGGGAGCAAAACUAAGACGUUCUCGGAGCUUUUGGCGGAGCGACAGGCGGAGCGACAGGCGUCGGCCGGCGAGGUUGCGUCUCUGUCAAAGGACUCUGAGACGGAGCAGGAAAUUUUGGCUGAAUUUGCAUCUCUGGUUGCGAAGUUCGGACCGAUUCUCGAUGAUUUGAGGGAGAACAAGGUCAUGGACACGCCUUCGAUUCGAGAAGCGGUGGAGUCGCUGGAGAAAGAGCUUGGUCGAGCUAGGGGUUUGAUGAAAAGCCCUAACCCCAAAAUAUCGGUUAAGCAAAUCGAGGAAUUGACUCGAGGUCUGGGGCGAUCUCUGGGCCUGGUUCUGUCUGCUAGUCUUGAUUUUUUGUCAGUAGAUGUUAAAGAAAAGAUUGGAGCAUUGCAUAAGGAAAUGAUGAAGGCAAAAUUUGAUACGAGCUCCAUCCCCGACCGCGAAGAAUCUGAGUUUGAUCGCGAAACAGAAUUUGUAAAUGAGUUCGGAGUAGAAGACGAGAUAGUGGAGGAGAUGAAUGCAAAAUUUGAUACGAGCUCGAGCCCCGACCGCGAAGAAUCUGAGUUUGAUCGCGAAACAGAAUUUGUAAAUGAGUUCGGAGUAGAAGACGAGAUAGCGGAGGAGGUGGCGGAGGUGGAGGAGAUAGAAGAGAUAGAGGAGGAGAUUAUCAAUCUUGACAUCGAUGAUGUUGUGCUACAAUUGAAGUAUGGUAAUGAUGAAGAAUUCAAAUUCGCACUUUCGGGAUUGAGGUCACUCAUUAGGGACCAAAUGGUGGAUGAUGAAUGGAUUAACGAUGAAGGGGUUGUUCUAAUCCUAUCCAAUAGAUUGGGUUCGAGCAAGCCAAACAAUAGGUUGACUAUAAUUCAAAUGCUGCGCAACCUUGUGGAGAAUGCUAAAAACAAGGAGAAGUUGGCAGACCCAAAUUCAUUGUCAACCAUUGUGAAAUAUUUGACUCGGGAUGUCGAGGAACGGAGGGAGGCUGUGGGGCUGUUGCUUGACCUCUCAGACCUUCCUGCAGUUCAUAGGCGGAUUGGUAGAAUUCAAGGGUGUAUUGUCAUGUUGGUUGCGAUUCUUAAUGGAGAAGAUUCAGUUGCUUCACGUGAUGCAGGGAAGUUGUUAAGCGCAUUAUCUAGUAAUACUCAGAAUGCUCUUCAUAUGGCUGAGGCUGGGUACUUUAAGCCAUUAGUGCAUUACUUAAAGGAAGGUUCUGACAUGAGUAAAAUUCUCAUGGCAACAGCACUUUCAAGAAUGGAGCUCACAGAUCAAAGCAGAGGUUCCCUUGGCAAAGAUGGGGCAAUUGAACCCCUUGUGAAAAUGUUUAAUGCUGGGAAGCUUGAAUCCAAGUUAUCUGCUUUAAGCGCAUUGCAAAAUUUGUCCAUGUUGACUGAGAACAUCCAACGUUUGAUCAGUUCAGGGAUCGUAGUUGCUUUGCUUCAGCUCCUUUUCUCUGUCACAUCUGUGCUCAUGACACUUCGGGAGCCAGCAUCUGCUAUUCUGGCAAGGAUAGCUCAGUCCGAAUCUAUUCUUGUCAACCAAGAUGUGGCUCAACAAAUGCUCUCACUUCUAAACCUUUCCAGUCCUGUAAUUCAAUAUCACCUCUUACAGGCACUGAAUAGCAUCUCUGCUCAUUCCAGUGCGUCCAAAGUCAGAAAUAAAAUGAAGGAAAAUGGUGCGAUUCAGCUUCUCCUCCCCUUCCUGAGUGAAACCAACACUAAGACCAGAACUGGUGCUUUGAAUUUACUAUACACUCUCUCCAAAUAUUUACCAGCAGAGUUCACAGAGCAGCUCAGUGAGACCCAUCUCAAUAUUAUUGUAAAUAUUAUCUCAUUAUCAACAUCUGAUAGUGAAAAGGCUGCUGCUGUUGGCAUACUGAGCAAUCUCCCAGUUAAUAACAAAAAAGCGACAGAUACUCUUAAGAGGGCAAAUUUGUUGCCAAUUUUGGUCUCCAUAAUGAGUUCCUUCCCUGCAACUUCAACCCCCACAACCUGCUGGUUAGUGGAGAGCAUUGCAGGUGUAUUCAUUCGGUUUACAGUUCCUUCUGAUAAGAAAUUGCAACUUUUUUCAGCAGAACAUGGAGUAAUACCUUUGCUUGUGAAGUUGCUUUCUAGUGGAUCGCCAGUUGCUAAAUGUAGAGCUGCAACUUCACUAGCUCAGCUGUCACAGAAUUCAUUAUCUCUUCAGAAGUCCAGAUCAUCGAGAUGGUUUUGUGUUCCUCCUUCUGUUGAUGCAUAUUGUGAAAUUCACGAUGGUUUCUGCUUUGUCAAAAGUACAUUUUGUUUACUCAAGGCAGGUGCUAUUUCUCCCUUGGUCCAAAUCUUGGAAGGUGAUGAGAGAGAAGCAGAUGAAGCUGCUCUCAGUGCUCUUGCAACUCUUGCCCUGGAUGAAAUUUGGGAACAUGGAAUCAAUCACAUUACCAAAAUAUCAGGCGCUCAGCCUAUUAUAAAGGUUUUGGAAUUGGGGACUGUCAAAGCUCAAGAAAAGGCACUAUGGAUACUAGAGAGGAUUUUUAGGGUUGAGGCUCACAGGGUACAGUAUGGUGAAUCUGCUCAGGUAGUGCUCAUUGAUCUGGCACAGAAGGGCGAUCCCAAAUUGAAAUCAACAAUUGCUAAGUUACUGGCACAACUUGAGCUCUUGCAAGCCCAAUCUAGUUACUUUUGAGACAGUUCAUAUCAAGUAAGCAACCUUGUGCAAGUAAUACUUACAUUGUUUUUCAGAUACCUUUUGAUAUACGUUUUUUCCAUUCCUCUGUUUGUAUUGUGUUAUUUAGUGGAUGAGCCAUGAGAAUCCACAACACCUGAUGCGUAUUAAAGAAACAAUAAUAUGGAUGCACAUGAAGUGGUUUUGAUAUUGUAAGAAUAAAGAAUGGAAGAUGAAGAUCGUGAUGAAGAAUUCUUCUUCCUCAAAUUCCUGGUAUGUCAAUCACAAAUUGAGUAGAGCCAUAUUUUAGAUUUGACUGUGACAAGGCUAGCCAUUGGCAUGUAAAUCAUCCCCACACAGCAUCGCCACAACGCACUAACCCCCAUGUCCCCCAUCCACCUUAUUCCUCUUGUUUUUUUGGGUGAAUUUUCACCUGUGUAAGGUAACUUUCCAUUGAUUGUGUGCACUGUAAUUUCAAAGAGAAAACAGAUAACCAGGGUGGAGGUUAUGCUGUACUGCUGUUCUUGUAAAAUUUUACAUCUGUAAGUAACAAUGUUAUUUUUUUAUGUUUUCAAUUUUUGUUUUUGUUUUUCUUUCUUUUAUAUAUAUUUACUGGAAAUUUUUCUUUUUCUCGAUAA